AUGGAGAAGGUCACGUCGCUCCUGGUCGACACCGCCACGGACGUCAACUGGCGCACGCCCGACGAGGGCUGGACGCCGCUGCACAUGGCGUCGGCCAUGGGCUACGACGACAUUGUCGGGUUGCUUCUGCGCCACGGCGUCGCCGCCGACGCACUGGGCCACGAUGGCACGUCGGCGCUGCACGGCGCUGUGCACAACCACCACUUGGGCUGCGUCGAGGCGCUGCUGCGCUUUGGCGCCGACGUCAACGCGAUCGAUGCGCAGGGUAUUUCUGCCCUGGAGAUCGCGUCGUCGGCCGGCGACCUCGAGAUGAUCGAGGUCUUUGCCACCAAGGCGAGCGCGCCGCUUACGUUGCAAAUGACUGACGGGACGACAGCGCUGCAUGCAGCGGCGCUCCAUGGGCACAUUGACGUUGUCCAAUGGCUCAUCUCGCACGGCUGCCCCAGUGACGCACCCAACGAAGACGGGUUCACACCGAUCAUGAUUGCAGCGCAGAUGGGCCAUGUCGGCGUCGUCGAGCUCCUCCACGCGCGCGGCGCGAGCCUUACGUACCGUACACCGGAUGGCUGGGAUGCCUUGUACGUUGCCGUGCAAAACGGCCAUGCGUCGGUCCUCGCCUUCUUGGUCACCCACGGCGCCAAUGUCCACGCCACCUACAAUAAUGGCAUUACGCUGCUGUACACGGCCGCGCAAGAAGGCCACGUCGAGUGCGCCUCGUACCUCUUGGACCACGCCAAGGUGCCGGUCGAUGCGCCGCAAACGAUGGGCUGGACACCGCUGCACAUUGCCGUGCUCCAUCACAAGAUGGCGAUUGCGCAGACACUUCUUUCGCACGGUGCAAAUGUCAACGCUGUCGAAAACGAGAUGGGCGGCACACCGCUGCAUGUCGCAGCCGAAAUGGGCAACCUCGAGAUGGUCCAGUUCCUUCUCUCGCAUGGUGCGAGCACGGCGGCGACGCUCAAGGAUGGAUCGACGCCACUCGACACGGCCAAGAACACGGGCAACGAAGCGGCCCUUGGCCCUUUGCUGGCGUAA